UGGCCUGUUUCAAACCUUCACUAAUCCAUCCAUUCGCUUCAUUGGUAGCUUUCAGCUGCAUGUUGUUUUUUCUCUCCCUCACCUCGCAAUUUGAAACCAGAUAUCUGCUCCUUCAAUCUUUUUGAACUGUUGAUCAGCAUUUGUCGGGUGUACUGCCCAUCCAACCGCUGAAUAUGGCGCAAGUGAAGGAUGCUCUCAAGGCUUCCCUUGUGGGAACGCCUGAGCAAGAAACCCCCAUGACUGCACAAGUUAGAGCAAACUUCAUGCAACAUGCGCGAACAGACACUGGGACCGGGGAACUGUAUAUGAUGGAGGAAGAUUUCAUCAAUGCAAUUGCUCCAAAGCAAGAGAACUAUCAUAAGAUAAAACGGGAACAAUACGGUAUUCUCUUCCAGGUCGCCGAUCGCCGACAAACAGGACGUGUGAACCUUGGUGACUGGGCUGCAUUUGAGAGCCUCCUGGCAAAACCAGAUGCCGAGUAUGAAAUCGCAUUCCGGCUGUUUGAUGCGGACAGGACUGGCACUGUCAAAUGCGAAACCAUCCAGAAGCUGUAUAAUGCAAACAAGAGCGGAGAUGCGAUCCCCUUCGAUUGGAACUCCGAAUGGGCUUCUUUGUACACUGGCAGGAAGAAGACUCGACACGACAUGACCUACCCACAGUUUGCGCAGAUGCUUCGGGGAUUGCAGGGAGAAAGAAUUCGUCAAGCCUUUCACCUCUUCGACAAAGACGGAGAUGGCUAUAUCGAGCCAGAGGACUUCCAGCGCAUCAUUCUCCAGACCGCAAAGCAUAAGCUUUCAGACCAUUUGCUGGAAAACCUGCCAACCCUCUGCAACAUUUCUACCGGUAGCAAAAUUUCAUACGCCAACGUCCGCGCGUUCCAGAACAUCAUCCGAGAGAUGGAUAUGAUCGAAUACAUCAUUCGAAGUGCCAUCAGCAAGAGCAAAGACGGCAUGAUCACCAAGGCUGAUUUCCUGAACGAAGCUGCUCGUGUCACCCGCUUUUCUCUAUUUACACCCAUGGAAGCUGAUAUCUUGUUCCAUUUCGCCGGCAUGGACACACCUUCCGGAAAGCUUUCGUGGAGUGAUUUCACCAAGGUGAUCGAUUCAUCAUGGCACACCACUACUGCCUUGGGAGCGGAGGCAAUCGCCACGGUGUCGCAUGCUACGGACCAGGCCGUGACAAAAUCGAAGAAGCUAUUACAAGGUCUUCUUGAAUCCGUGCAUCACUUCGCGUUAGGAAGCCUUGCAGGUGCCUUUGGAGCGUUCAUGGUCUACCCAAUUGACCUUGUGAAGACGAGAAUGCAAAACCAACGGAGUGCUCGCGUCGGUGAAAAGCUGUACAACAAUUCCGUUGAUUGCGCAAGAAAGGUUAUCCGAAAUGAAGGUGUCCUCGGGUUGUACUCCGGCGUACUGCCUCAGUUGAUUGGUGUUGCUCCCGAGAAGGCAAUCAAGCUCACGGUUAACGACUUGGUCCGUGGCACAUUCACCGAGAAAAAGACAGGCAACAUUUGGUGGCCAUACGAGCUGCUUGCUGGUGGUACAGCUGGAGCCUGUCAAGUGGUCUUCACAAACCCAUUGGAAAUCGUCAAGAUCCGUCUACAGGUUCAGGGAGAGAUCGCAAAAUCCGGACAGGCCGCCCCACGUCGAUCAGCGAUGUGGAUCAUCAAGAACCUGGGUCUCGUGGGAUUGUACAAGGGAGCCAGCGCGUGUCUGCUUCGUGAUGUCCCCUUCUCUGCCAUCUACUUCCCCACAUACGCCCAUCUCAAGUCAGACUUCUUCGGCGAAACUCCCACCAAGAAGCUCGGUAUCCUGCAGCUCCUCACAGCAGGCGCAAUCGCAGGUAUGCCUGCCGCCUACUUGACCACUCCCUGUGACGUCAUCAAGACGCGUCUUCAGGUCGAGGCUCGAAAGGGAGAGACGAAGUACACGUCGCUGCGUCACUGCGCGACCACAAUCCUCAAGGAAGAGGGCUUCACGGCGUUCUUCAAAGGAGGUCCCGCGCGUAUUCUGCGCUCUUCUCCACAGUUCGGUUUCACUCUCGCCGCAUACGAAGUUCUCCAGAAGCUGUUGCCCUUGCCUGGCGCGCCUCACGAAGAUGUGACCCCCACGGGAUCAGUCGAGCCUGGUAUUGGCCUCCAGCCUGCCACCGCGCCAUUGCCGUAUCUUCGCUCGCGCAACGCGCUGAAGCUUAUCCUUGACUUGGACGAGAACUUUGGACGGAUCCGAGUUCCCCAGAGCAAGUCCUGGCCAGGUUUUCCCGGCGUAUCGAGACAGUGAAACUUAGCAUACGAUUCUCCUUUUACGUUGGCUUUCUCUCGGCUCAUUUGGGUUCAUAUUCCUCUUUCCUUUGCGAGGCCAUAGAUACGACUUUUAGAUU